UCUGGAAGGUCUGUUCAAAGAUUUUCAGAAUGUAUUUAGAAUAGACAUGUUUGGUGAAGCAUAUAAAGCAAUGAUGACAAAUCCCAGAUCUACAACCCAAGUAAAUUUUCGUCCGUUCAUAAAAGAAUUAUGUGAAAGGAAACAAAGUAUAAAACUUCAACAAUAUCCAUUUUUAGAUCUUCGAAAGGAUAUUGGAACAAAUACUUUAAUUUCAUGCUCGAAAUCUUAUUCCAUCCGAAAAUCUAAUUAUUCAAAGAUUAUUUAUUCGUAUUAUAUUUCUCGUAAAAGAUUUAGAGAUACUCAAUCAACUCCUGAACCGGAGCCUACCAUUUCUAAAUCUGAAUCUGAACCUAAACGAAUGAAUAUAACACAAAAUAAAGGAUAA